CAUGAGUCGCGGGAGGAAAACAAGCUAAAGAAGGUGAGUAAUGUGAUAAUCACCACAAGCACCGAGCAAUUUGAAACGUCAGAAAUGGUCACUAUUAGAUAAACCAAAAUGCCAAAACCUCGAAGCUCAGACUGAGACCGAGACAAACAUGCCAACUCUCACAGUUACGGCGAGUUACGCUCACAUGGCCACCAAAUGCAGACCCUCUUUGCCUCCGGGUUUCACAUGGCCACAAUGCUCCGCUCGUUUCCCUUCCUUCCUUCCCCAAAAAAUUGAGAAAAUCAAGGACCCUUUUGCUCGAAUGCUCGCACAAAGGAUUGAGAGGCUCCCGGUCAGCUUGAAACAGGAUUGCAUCAUGAGUAGUUGUGUAAAGCCAUUGGUACAGAGCAAGACAAGUCCAGUUGUUCUUCUCCACGGUUUUGACAGCUCCUGCUUAGAAUGGAGAUACGCUUAUCCGUUGCUCGAAGAGGCUGGCCUAGAGACUUGGGCUGUUGACAUUCUUGGUUGGGGUUUCUCUGAUUUAGAACAACGUCCUUCCUGUGAUGUUCCCUCUAAGCGUCAACACUUAUAUCAGCUUUGGAAGUCCCACAUCAAAAAGCCCAUGAUUCUUGUUGGACCAAGCCUUGGCGCUGCUGUUGCUAUUGACUUUGCAGUCAACUAUCCAGAAGCUGUCGAAAAGCUGGUCUUGAUUGAUGCAAGUGUGUAUGCGGAAGGCACAGGAAACUUAGCAAGCUUGCCAAAAGUGGUGGCUUAUGCUGGAGUAUCUUUACUAAAGAGUGUCCCUCUGCGCUUAUAUGUAAAUUUAUUGGCCUUCAGUGAAAUAUCAUUCAAUACCAGCUUAGAUUGGAUGAAUAUUGGCCGCUUGCAUUGUCUUUUACCUUGGUGGGAGGAUGCAACUGUUGAUUUUAUGAGGAGUGGGGGUUAUAAAGUUGGUGAUCAGAUAGAACAGGUAAAGCAGAAGACACUAAUCAUAUGGGGCGAAGAUGACCAAAUUAUCAGCAACAAGCUUGCAGUGAGAUUACACUGCGAAAUGCCAAAUGCUAUCUUACGCCAAAUACCUGAGUGUGGUCAUAUUCCUCACGUUGAAAGGCCAAGCAGCGUUACUAAACUGAUUGUGGAUUUUUGUCAACAAGAUUGCUAUGAGAAAGCUCAAUGCAUUUCUCAACUUUGAAGAUUAUAUUACAAAGGACUAUGACCAGUUUGAUAUGAAACUCCACAAAGACCAACAAGAGUAAAACACAUAAGUACGGAAUUUUUGGUGCAAAAAAAACUGAAAAUCAUGUGGGAACAGAAUCAUGUCGGAGGGAAUAAAUUUCUUAGGUCCUAACAUACAACCAUGUUUUUAGGUUGUGGCCAAAUGGUUGGUACCUCGGUAGGUAGUUCACAAGUCUUAAUCCCUCAUUCUUUACUACAUAGUAGCCCAAUGGUCAAUUCAAUUCAUGAAAUUACAUUAUAUAUAUAUACAAAUCACAUUCCUUUAA